UUUCAGCACAACACUAGCGUGUGCCGGGCAGGGCAGCUCCAGCCUGCGUAUUUGUGUUGUGUAGUUUGUGUGGUCUGUCUUCUGUGUCUUAGACCUUCCUCGGGUCUCGAUGUCAUCAUUGCUCUUUGUGCUCAAGGAGCGUGGCAUGCAUCUUGGGCGGCAUCUCUAGGGUCUCAAAUGCCAAUACUCAUCGGCAUUGUUCCAAUCGAGUGUUCUUUUUUGGCGUUACAAGCUUAAAGCUUGGAUCGGUCUUGCAUCUCGGAAGUUUCCGGUCGCUCCUCUUUUGCGGCGUCAUUCCAGGCUGUGUCAGCAGCUCUGCUCUCUAAGUCUGUUUUCACGGACUGAGACUUCUUCCCUGCAUCCUUACAUUCUUAGGUCUUGAAGCCAGGCUGCUUGUGUAUCCAUCAUCUCAGUUUUGACAGUAACUUCUUGUAACGGGCCAUUACUUUCAACUCUUUUCUGGGGUUGCCGUAGAGUCUCCUCAUCUCACUGUUGCGGCCCCUUAGGUCUUCUUGCCCAACAGCAUCUCCCGUCUGGGAGUCAUUCUUCUUGCCGAGAGUUUUCUUGCAUCUUUGAGUCGCAUUGUUUGUAGUGUUCUGUGUACUCUUGGUCUCUGCAUGUGUGUGGCUUGGAGCUGCUCUGCCCAGUGGUGUGGAUCUGGGUAGGUGGAACAGAAAUAAGAGUCUAUGGUUAAGAAGUUGAUAUGCCUCGACCGUUGAGGCAACGGUGGUACAGCCAUCUUGGAUCGAGUAGCCGUCGGCAGGUUGUGUGGAUGGUCAUUUCAAUACUGUCCAUGGGGAUGAUCGGAGCCAUCAGGGAGGGGCUGUUCAGCGGUAGCGAAGCAGAUCGAAUCUCGAAGGUGUGAAGGCUUGUAUGUGUGGGGCUUAAAGUUUGGUCUAUUUUUAAAUGGCAGGCUGUCGUUGGACUGUAGAUGGUAUUCCUAAAUGGAAACAAGACCUCUGGAAUUGUUCAGCCAUCCCUCGGCAUCAGGGUGACUUGUUUGAUAUUACUUUUUCAGAUGCAGAGGGACAAGCCGCACAGCAGCGGGCGACAGAGGAGAGACGAGCAGGGCGCCAAAAGAAGUGGGAUAUCGGCACCAGAGGUGACUCGUGCAAGGUGGUACCCGAGCCUCAACGUGGCAACCUGUAAACAGCAGAGGCAGGGCGGUCGAGCGGCCAAGAUGCGGUGGUGUAAGCAUCUCGUGAUGCUCAGCAGAUCCCCCCCAGCCCAGCGUUGCCUGCCGGUGGCUAAGAAGACUCACCGUAAGGGGCCGGCCCUGUGCCUGGAGGCUCCGGGCUCUCUCUGCAGCGGGUGCCCCGCAGAUAUUCUGGAUUAUCUGUUGCGGAUCAUCCCAGAGGCAGCGCUGAGGCCUCAGUUGUGGGUUCCUCUGCGGGGACGUUGUGGACUGCAUCUGGCUCAGGUGGAUGACAGUCAAGUGACUGGAGCUACAGAGGAGGAAAGGAGGCGGAGAGAAAGGGAGACAGAGAAAGACGCGUCCACACUGUCAAAUUCUCCCAGCACCUCUGACAGCGGGAGUUGCGGUGAGUCCUGGACCCUUGGGGCUGUGUCGCCCUUCUGCAUCCCGGUCCCCUCCCUUCUAUUUCUCUCGCUGCUGUCAUUUUUUCCACUUCCCUGUACCUCUCCCUCUCUCAUUCUCCCGAGUCCCCCUCUUUCUCUGUGGUUCUGCCUCUCCACGUUCUUUUUCUCUCUACGUGCUUCUGUCGUGUUCCCUGUCCCUCUUUUUUUCAUCCUCUGUCUCUGUCCUGCAGCCCAUCGCUAUUUUUGUCUUUCUCCAUCUAUGUAUCUGUCUUCCUAUCCCAAUUCUUUUUAAUUCCUCCCCGUCUGCCCUUUAGCCCUUCACAAUGCCCGCCCCGCAAUUCUCUCUGUCUGGCUCCGUGUCCCUAUUUCUAAAUUCCUCUCUCUCUGCCCUGUAUUCUAGAUACGCUUUUUCUUGCUUAUAUUCUCUUGUUCCAGGUCCCUGUCCCAAUGUUUUAAUGUCUUCCCUCUCUGUCCCAUAGCCCAUUUUUGUCUUCAUUGUUCUCUCUCUGUCUGGCUCCCUGUCCCUAUUCUUUA